GAUCACAAUUCGCUCGUGAGCUUGACAGUCGCAGUGAGUUCGCACUGAGAGAGACGCAGAAAGGAGAAGUGAGGAGUCUUGGGAGGUCGUAGUUAAUGCAGCGCCAAACUAUAACGGAUCGGAUAGAACUGUAUCUGAAAUGCGUUGUUUAAGAGAUUUACGCGCGACUUUUAGGAGCUUUGGGAAUUAAAACGAGGCGCGCGCGCUCUUGCGGUUCAGAACGCUGGACAGCGAACUUAUCUUGCGCUUUAUUACACUUUUUUGGAGUUGAUAUAUGCGCUUUUAUAAGGAGAUUAAAAAGAGUAAACUCAUGAGGAAUCAUGGAUGUUCCCAAAUGUUUCCGAUCACCGGGCUUGGGUGCAACUCAACGAGACUUCUAAAGUGAGACAUGGACUUGGCGGAGAUCCUGCUAGCACUUUUCAUCGUCGUGGUUGCGACGGUCUCCUUGUUGUCCAACUUGCUAGUUUUGCUAUGUUUCGCGCACAGCAGCGAGAUACGCAGGCAGGUGCCGGGCAUUUUCACGACGAACUUGUCCUUUUGCAACCUGCUCAUCACCGUGCUGAACAUGCCGUCCACGCUGGUCGGGAUCGUAAAGGACCAGCAGCCUUUCGGGGACUGCCUGUGUCGCGCGGUCAGCUUCCUAGACACAUUCCUGACGGCCAAUGCGAUGCUAAGCAUGGCGGCGCUCAGUAUCGACCGCUGGAUCGCCGUGGUCUUCCCGCUGAGCUACUCGAGCAAGAUGCGGUGCCGGGACGCGCUGCUGAUGGUGUGCUACGCGUGGCUCCACUCGCUCGCCUUCUCCGUGGUGGCGCUGCUGCGCUCCUGGCUCGACUACAGCCGCGCGUACGCGUCCUGCACCUUGCGCCUGAACGCCGAGAGCUCCCGCACAGAUUUCGCCGCCUUCACCGUGGCCUUCCACGGCGCCAGCUUUAUGCUCUCGCUGCUCGUGUUGUGCGUGACUUACUUAAAAGUGCUCAAAGUCGCACGCUUUCAUUGCAAAAGGAUCGACAUUAUUACCAUGCAGACGCUCUUCUUGCUUGUUGAUAUACACCCAAGCGUUAAACAACGUUGUUUGGCUGAGCAAAAGCGGAGGAAACAGCGCGCGACUAAAAAAAUCAGUAUAUUUAUUGGAUCAUUUAUUAUUUGUUUCGCACCCUAUGUUAUAACCAGGCUGACAGAGCUUCUUCCCUUUGUGGAUAUCAACCGAUACUGGGGUAUCAUCAGCAAGUGCCUAACAUACAGCAAGGCAGCUUCAGAUCCUUUUGCAUAUUCCCUCUUGCGCCAACAGUACAAGAAAGUGCUUGUAACAGUUACCAAUCGGCUAUUGAAACGUGAUUUACACCCUUCCUCUGGACACAACAGCUCACUGGACACAGAAAAUGACUACUGUCUCCAAAGAAUCAGCUAAUGACAUUUUCCUAACACUGCAAGUAAAAAUUCUAAUGCUUAGAUGUAUGAGAGAGACAAAACGUGGAAAAGUGAUUGAGAGAGAGAGAGAGAGAGAGAGAGAGAGAGAGAGAGAGAGAGAGAGAGAGAGAGAGAGAGAGAGAGAGAGAGAGAGAGAGAGAGAUUAUCACUUAAAUUUAGAUGGAGAUGCAGACUGUUUGAUGCAUAUGAAGAUAUAUGGACUGGACAGCAGUGAUUAAUGUGGACAAAGGCAAUAUGUGACUAUGUGGCCAUGUGCUCUGUUCACAACACAAACAUCAAAGACAUCAGAAGACGAUAAUUAAACCUCAGCAGACAUACAGACACUGCUGAUCCAUCAUCUGCAAUGUGUGUGUUUUCUUUUAGGGUUUAUAUUUUCCCCAGAUUAUCAAUUCAGUGGAGAGUGAUAUGAUCUCUCCUGAACUAUGUGCCAUGCACUUGCAUGCACAGUAUGUUAAUGGAAUUGCUGAAUCUCUCAUAAUGGAUAAAAAUGUGUUUUAAUUGUUAGAUGUUUCUACUGAUAGACAACCAGGUUAUUUACAUAUUACAAACUGCCUCUUGUUCUUAAUUUAGUGUGAAUCUUUAUGAAUUCACUCAUUUAUAAAUUCAGAUCAGUCACUGGAAAAUACUGCACUUUGCUCUCAUAAAUUAUUUGUAACUAUUAGUUGCCAAACAGCUAAAGUAAAACAUAGUACGUGUAAUAGGUUGUAACUGAAUGUACUAGAUUCUUUUUGCAGCAGCAUAUUGUGCACAUUAAGUUGUUUUUACAGAAAAACAUAUAGUGUAUAUAUGUUGCACAAUAUGAAGUAAUUUAUAAUAUAAAUUAUGUUGUUUUUUCAUUAAGGCAGGUUUGUGGUAUUGGGAGUUAUGAACUUAUAAAAUGAUAAUGAAGUGAUUUAUACAGCCAUAUUUGUGUUGGUUUAGUUAUACAUGUACUGUUUUGUGGACAUGGUGAACAAAGGAAAAUAUAUGAAGCUAAAUGAAGCUGUGAAGUAUUUUAAGUUAAUGCAUGCCUCCAAUAAAUAAUACAAAAACACAGUGACCACAUCCCUUCAAAAGCAAAAAAUACAUUUGUGCCAGCUUGCUCCCAUGGAGUCUAUUCACCUAUCAGUGUAAAAAAAUAAAAUAAAAAUGAACACUGCUUUAUACACACUUAGUGGUUAAAGCUCCACAAUGAUGUGGAGAAGCAAAUGAAUGGAGAUGAUGACUAAUACAGAGAGUCUCUCAGGUUAAUGGUCAAGGCAUGAAAGCCUGCUGAUCUUUCAUGCUAAAUUCUAUUUUUGUCCCAACCGAGAAAAUACCUUUCUUUGUAAAUGCAAUAAAAACAGAAGACUAUUAGAACUGCCAGUUCUGGGGUUGACAUUUAACAUUAUACAUU